CAGCGAUGCUCGGAUUUCUUGCGCCCCGCCGCGGCGAGAAUAUGAUCGAAAGGGUUGAUGUAAGUCUCGAAUUGUUUGACCUGUGCGCGAGGCGUACUCCGUGCGUGUAAGCAGUGUUCUGAUCAGCUGAUCGUGUUCUGAUGUGGCUGUACUCUCGUCCCCAUCUCUUCAUCAGACGCCGUGAUCCGGGACCUUGGACCUGGAGAGCGUCGUCCACGCCAGAAAACGCAACACCAGGGACACCCUCCUUACCAGCGGCGAAUAACCCCCCGCUCGAUUCUCUUCUCCCACUCGACGCUGCACUCUACUCAGGAUGCCCUCAAUAACGUCGUGCGACCACACCGGGAUCACAGUCACCGAUCUCGAGCGAUCGCUGGCCUUCUGGCAGGACGUGAUGGGCUGCACCCUCGCGCACCGGUUCGACGCGGAGGGCGAGAUGGCCGCGAAGAUCACGGGCGUCGCCGGCGCGGCUCUGCGGAUCGCGAUGCUCGAUGCGCCCGGGGGCUAUCGUAUCGAACUGCUACAAUACACCUCCCCGGCUGACAGAAUGCACCUGCGCCCGCGUCCGUGCGACGUGGGCAGCGUGCACAUCGCGUUCACGGUGGACGAUAUCCACGGCAUGAAGCAGAAGCUCGUCGAUGCGGGGUGCGUAGUCCGCGGGGAGCCGUUUGGGCCGCCGGGGAUGGAGCUGGUCUAUAUGCACGAUCCGGACGGCACGACAAUCGAGCUUAUGGCGCAGCCGAAAAGAAUGCAGUAGAUGCUUGGAGCUAAUACGCACAUGGCUGCUAUGUCUCCUUCCACACGAGAGCGGGAUUCAAUCGAGUCAUUUUCACCGCUACUGCUCCUGAGCAUUCCUCUCUGAAUCUCCACUGAGUGCUUCUUUGGCCUCGGACAUUGACGGGUUCAGCGCCGACGCCCUCAAGCGGACCAAUUCUCACUGCAACAUACUUCGGGAUGCCUAUGCCAGGAGGCAGACCAGCCGAUAAAUCUUAACAUCUGCCAGACACUACCAGCCAACGAAUCUCAUAUCUGCCAAACACUGCUUAAUCACCAACGCUCGUGACAUCAAGGAGCAGAAACCUGGUCUGACUGAAAU